UUACAAGAGUGCUGCCGGUUAAUUACUCAAAAACUCACGAGAUGGCUAUGUGUUUAGUUUCCUUCGCCUCACUUCUCUUCAAUAGAAAAAAGUUACGUUUAUAAUCUAUAACUUUUUUUAUCCGUUCUGUGAUUGCGUCAUCACAUCAUUCGAUUAAUUUGUUUGUUGUUUGUUCGUUUUUUGACUAAGUGACUGUUUAUUAAACAUACUGUGAACAACGAAAUAAAUACAGAUUUUUCUGUAGUGUUUGUUGCGGAAUAAUAACUAAUUGAAACAUGUCGGGUAAAAGUGAUCUAUGGAAUCAUUUCAUAAAAAUGGACUUAGGAAACACAUGCAAAUAUUGUCACCAGGAAGUAAAAGCUAAGGGAAACACAACAAACUUGCGUAAUCAUUUACUAAGACGACAUUCAACAAUUAACACUGUAAGUGUCAAAAAGAAGAGUGAGUGUGAAAGUGGUGGUGGUAGUAAAUGUGAUAAUGCACGAAAUGGUGAAGGACAUGAACAAGUUCUUGACAACAUGAUUUUAGACAUCGUGCCAGUUCCACAUUUGCAAAAUGCUGAUAAUACGGAUGCUGAAAGCGUGGCUUCUUCUGCUGCCUCUCUAUCAGUCUUAAAACAGCAAACAUUGACAUCUUGCUUAACAAAUAUAAAAUCAUUUGGAGAUAAUGGUGUUAAGCGUGGUCAAAUAACAAAUGCAAUAGUCUUCAUGAUAGCAAAGGAUGGUUUACCUCUCAAUACUGUGGAAAAAACAGAAUUUCAAUAUUUAAUGAAAGCAGUAGCACCGCUUUAUAAAGUUCCAGCCAGAAAAACAAUUACUCAUAUGAUUGACGAUAAAUAUGACAUUCUUUCGACACAACUGAAAUUAAAAAUACAAGAAGUAGAAGCAUUACCUUUAACUGCAGAUGUUUGGACUGACUCGCAUAAUAGUCAAAGCUACUUAGCCUUAACUGGUCAUUGUAUAUACAUAUGAAAAUAAAUUAAUGAGCAUAA